GAUGAUAUGGCGUGGUGGUGGCCGUGCCAUGACAUGAGUAAUCUUUCUUCAGGUAGCUUGAACGACUGGCAAAUGUCGGUUCCCAAUAAUCACCAUGAUUACUCCAGGAGAACCAGACCCCACUCUGACUUGUGGUUUACCCUUCACUCCUACACCAACCGGAACGGGGAAGCACUGCCUCAAAUACCAAAGGCGUACAUUAGAGUGAAGGACGAGAACGUGACGAUUUUCAUGGUUAAAAAGUACCUGGUUACAAAGCUCGGUGUCUCCAAUGAAGCUGAGGUGGAGAUAUUGUGCAUGGGGCAGAGAUUGUUGCAGACACAAACGUUGAAGCAAGUAAGGGAUUUUGUGUGGAUGCCGAGCUUCGUUGAAUCCGAGUCGUUCCACAGUUACUCUCUUCAAAGUAAUUGUGUAAAUAAUCAUUUGAUGUCUUUAUUUUACGGAAGGCGAUGUUCUUUCAACUAAUAUAAAUUGUGCCACCUUCCCCAAACGUAUAUGUCGAUUUAGUUCAAUU